CACUCUCCACACGACCCGGCACAAAAGCGCCAUGGACCAGUCCUCUUCCUGAGAGAGCCCACCACCACGGCCGCCGCAGCCCGCCUUGCCGGCGCCAUCCCCGGCCGUCUGCUCCGCGACGCCACGCGCAAUGCAGUUCCUCGCGGCUUCAGCCCCCUCGUCCGCCGCGCCGCGGCUCCAGCUCUCCGCCCGCCUCUCGAGGCCCCGUCCCUUCGCGCACCUCCGCCGCCGCUGCGCUCCCCAUCUCCCAUCCAAGCCGCUGCCCCUGGCAUCCGUGUCUCGGGUCCUACUCCCGCGGGCACGGCGCUCCCUGGCCUUCACGCCCCGCGCCCACAGCAACCACCACGGGCACGGGCACGGGCACUGCCAUUGCCACCACGGGGCGAACGUGCAUGGGGGAGGCGGGGGCGCGACGGUCAUGCGGUUGGCGAGGGCGAUCGGGUGGGCCGACGUCGCCGACGCGCUGCGGGAUCACCUGCAGGCCUGCUGCAUCUCCCUCGGUCUCCUCCUGAUCGCCGCCGCCUGCCCACACGUGGCGCCGCUCAACUCCGUCGGGCGUCUGCAGGCCGCGCUCAUCGCCGUCGCCUUCCCUCUUGUCGGGGCAACAAACAAUGAAAACAAACUCUCUACGGCCGCUAUCGGUUCUGUGGAAUAUAUUUCUUCGCUAUACAGAUCAAAUGGUGAAUGUGAGCAGGUACAAGAGGCAAUAAAAAGUUCUGCUUAUGGUCCUGAAUUUGUCCAAGCUGCUCUAUUAAUGGAUAAAAAGAUAUUUCUCUUCAUGUUUGAUGGAAGCAUUCAUGUAUAA